GCCUCACUUCGACAGUUUAGCGGCGCAUGGUCCGUGUAGCGCUAUCAGGCUAAUCCUUAGGCCAUUUAUUCCAAUUUUUCAUCAUUUAAAUUCACAUACGUUCAUAAAAACACCAAAAUUGCUUGAAAAUGUCGGAAGAUUCGUGGGCGCUUGCUGUGGACUUACAGGAAGCCACAACUGAACCGAUAAAGUUUCCCAAGAAAGAGGGACGACGUAAUUGGCCACACACCUUGAUACCUGAUCUUAAUGGAAACGUCAUCACACAGAGGUCUUUAGGCACAGGAGAGGUCAAAAGUAGUAGCAGUGGAGAUGUGGAGGCGGAGGGAGAGAAACCCAAUCUGGCCGAGCAGAGUUUGUUGAAUAAACUGAUCAGAACCAGUCUGGUGAGGAACAGGAAUCAGGUGGAGGUACUUCAGCGAGACCCCAACUCCCCACUGUUCUCUGUGAAGACAUUUGAGGAGCUCCGACUAAAACCUGAACUUUUGCAGGGGAUCUACAACAUGGGCUUCAACCGACCAUCUCGCAUCCAAGAGAACGCGCUGCCCAUGAUGCUGGCACAACCACCUCAGAAUUUAAUUGCCCAAUCACAGUCUGGAACGGGGAAAACUGCGGCCUUCUCUCUGGCCAUGCUCAGCAACGUCAACCCGGCCAACAAGUGGACUCAGUGCCUGUGUCUCGCUCCCACAUAUGAGCUGGCUCUUCAGAUCGGCCAAGUGAUCAAGCAGAUGGGGAGUUUUUAUCCUCGAAUCAAAGUGGCGUAUGCCAUAAGAGGCACCAGAAUUCCUCGUGGUGUGGUGCUGCAGGAGCAGAUAGUGAUCGGGACCCCCGGCACACUGCUCGACUGGUGCACUAAAUACAAAGUGAUCGACCCGAAGAAGAUCUCUGUGUUUGUGCUGGACGAGGCCGACGUGAUGAUCGCUACACAGGGACACCUGGACCAGAGCUUACGCAUACACAGACUCCUACCCGCUGACUGUCAGAUGUUGCUGUUUUCCGCCACCUUUGAGGACUCUGUGUGGAAGUUUGCCGAGCGCGUGGUCCCUGAACCCAACAUCAUUCGACUGAAGCGCGAGGAGGAGACUCUGGACACAAUAAAACAGUUCUAUGUGGUCUGCACCGAGAAGGAAGACAAGUUCACCGCCCUCUGCAACCUGUACGUCUGCCUCACCAUCGCACAGGCCAUGAUCUUCUGCCAUACCCGCAGGAUGGCUGCUUGGUUGACUUCGCAGUUGAACGAGGAGGGUCACCAGGUGGCGCUGUUGAGUGGUGAAAUGACAGUGGAGCAAAGAGCUGCAGUCAUUGAGAGGUUCAGGAACGGCCAGGAGAAAGUGCUCGUCACAACCAAUGUGUGCUCCAGAGGUAUCGACGUGGAGCAGGUGUCCAUCGUGGUGAACUUUGACCUCCCGAUGGACCUGGACGGAAACGCUGAUAACGAGACAUACCUACACCGGAUCGGCCGCACGGGGCGCUUCGGCAAAAGGGGCUUCGCUGUCAACAUGGUGGACAGUGAACACGGCAUGGAGCUGCUGCACCAGAUUGAAAUGCACUUCAACCGGAAAAUCACAAAACUCGACACUGAAAAUGUUGAACAGAUGGAGAAGCUGUUUCAGUGAGUGGUUCGAAAACGCUUCUGAAGCCGUCGAUGUAAAACUCAAACGUCUGAACUAGUCUAAAGGAUUCAUGUGUGUAAUUUUGUAUGGCACUUAUUGCAUGCAUUUCAUUGUUUUGUCUAUAACUAAACACUAGCCAUCCUUUGUUUAAAUGUGGUUUUAAGUUUGCAGUGAUGUUUGAUUUUCUGUGUGAAUCCUGCAUGAUAAAAAUGUCAGAAAUCCAGAGAGACUUAGACAUAUGAAGCUUACAUUGGCUUAUUUGCUAAAAAAAAAAGUUGUUUUUUUUUAUGUUAAAAUGGUCAGACGGUUACAUGUGACAGCAUCAUAUUGUUAUAGUUACACAUAAUAUGAUUGUGAGUUAAAAUACCAUGUAAGACUUUAAAUCUGUAUUCUGUGUACUCUUUUUGUUCAAAUAAAGAGUACAGUAUAUUGUCUUAAA